AAUGAUAAAAGAGAGGUGCUUGUAGUUCAGGAAAAGAGUGGUAGGUUCCAAGGAACAGGUGUGUGGAAAAUCCCUACUGGGACUGUUGAUGAGGGUGAGAAUAUUUUUAUGGCAGCCAAAAGAGAAGUAGAAGAAGAAACAGGAAUUGAAACGGAAUUUCUGGAGAUACUGGCAUUCAGGCAAUCACACAAGAUGUUCUUUGAAAAGUCAGAUCUAUUUUUCAUUUGCAUGAUGCGUCCUCUAUCCUUUGACAUUCAGACGCAAGAACUCGAGAUUGAGGCAGCCCAGUGGAUGCCGUUUGAGGAAUAUGCAGCUCAACCUUUUGCCCAGCAGCACGAGCUUUUCAAGUACAUUACUGACAUAUGCUUGGCAAAGGUACAGGGUGACUACACUGGAUUAUCACAGAUACCUGUAACUUCAUUUUUCAAUGACAAAUUGAGCUGUCUAUAUUUGAACAGCCGGGAUCUGAACAACUACCUAGCUUCUUCUGAUCAGGCCUAGAUGAGAAUAGAAUUGAUAUUUGUUGUAUCAAUUCCCUAUUACCCAUAUUAUUUGAUUAUUCUGAUCAAUA